AUGACGCGGAAGAUGUGGGGCUUAAUUCCUGUGUUGGACUGCUCCCAGCUGCUGCGCCUCUGCCCUUCGCAGUGCAAACCAUCCGUGUGGCCCAUCACAACCCCCGACCCCCGGGUGGACUCUCCUCAGCGCACCAUGUCGGACCAAGCUUUUGUUACACUGGCCACAAACGACAGCUAUGCAAAGGGAGCCAUGGUUCUCGGCCAGUCGUUGCGAAACCACAACACAACCAGGAAACUGGUUGCGCUUGUAGGACCUCAUGUUGCAGAACCUUGCAGAGAUGCGUUACGGUCCAUUUUCGAUGAGGUGCGUGUGGUGGACGUGAUGGAUUCGGGCGACACGGCUCAUCUGGCCCUGAUGAAGCGUCCGGACUUGGGGGUGACCUUCACCAAACUGCACUGCUGGACACUCACACACUACAGCAAGUGUGUGUUCAUGGACGCAGACACACUGGUGCUGUCCAACAUCGAUGAGCUCUUUGAGAGGGAGGAGCUUUCUGCCGCUCCAGAUCCCGGCUGGCCAGACUGUUUCAACUCCGGGGUGUUUGUCUUCAGACCGUCCAACGAGACGCAUGAGAAGCUGCUGACAUUCUGCGGCGAAAACGGCAGCUUUGAUGGUGGAGAUCAGGGGGUUCUCAACAGUUUCUUUAACACCUGGGCCACAGCAGAUAUUUCCAAACACCUGCCCUUCAUCUACAACCUCAGCAGUAUUGCCAUCUACUCCUACCUGCCAGCUUUCAAACAGUACGGCCACGACGCAAAGGUGGUGCACUUCUUGGGCAAAGUGAAGCCGUGGAACUACUCCUACGACGCUCAGCGAGGGGAGGUCAAGGGUCACUCUCAGUCACCGGACCAGACCCAACUGCACCCCGACUACCUGCUCAUGUGGUGGCAGCUGUACGCCAAAUCUGUGCUGCCUCUACUGCAGAAGGCCUUCGGAGACACUCCCUUCAACAGCGGCUUCGUCGAGGCGGGCAGUGAUGAAAAGCUUCACGAGGACGUCAGAGAGCAUCCGGCUCCGUCGUUCCCUCCUCCUCAGAAGGUGUCGUCAGAGGAGAGGAAGCAGCGCUGGGAGGCGGGCCAGAUCGACUACUUGGGCGACGACUCGUUCGCCAACAUCGAGCGAAAACUCGACUCCUUCCUUAAGUAGCGGGCGGCUGAUGGGAGCACGACGGACACCAGUGGAAGCUCCGCGUGGUCGAGGAGGGGGGGGAAUAAACCGCCGCUCAGUCGAUCACAGGGGCCUGACUAGCAGGUGACUGGAUGAAUGCCUCUGUGCACCUUCUCACUGUGACUCUCUGCACCCCAUCGGCGUGUGGAGAGUGUAAGUUUGACAAAAAUUCCUGUGCACUCCACCAUUCAUUUUCUCCUCUUAAAGGGAAAGUUGGACAUUCUGGGAUGUCUCACUUUGUUGCUGAGGAUUGGAUGAGAAAAUUCAUUUAAAUGUAAAACUCACUCUAUCUCUAGUCACAGCACUGGAUAUGGAAGUCUAAAGGCUAAAACCAUUUUUGUUCAGAUAUUUUCUUUGAUCACGGACUUGUUUAUUGCUUUUACUGUCUUUGCUGCAAACUGAUGACGCUCUAUUUAAAUGUUAUCUGCAACUCGAGCCAAAAUUUUAAUAUUUAAGGCAGACAGGAAACAAAACAUAUCAAAUGGCAGGAAUAUUUUGAAUUGGUCCCAAUGUUUACUUGCAUAAAGAUAUGAGACGGAAACAGCUACAGCUUGUUCCACCUGGUUUGAUUGAAUUUGCACAAAAUCCAAAGCAUAUAAAUGACAUUUGUGUAUUUCAUGUGUGGGAUUGUUUCUUGGCCACUUCAUCUAAGUUUUUGCUUGUUGUCUAAAAACAACAGCAGCAAUUUUAGUCUAUAAUGUAACUUGCUAAGCUCUAAUUCGGUAUUAAGUGACCUUCGGGUGCUGUUUCUGCUCAGUGCUUCCCCCAUUUCAAGUCCUAAUUGGCUCUUUUCAUAUAGAAAAUCCUCUCACACAAAUCUUGACAAGAAAGCGACUAAGUGUAGCUACUUCCCACAAUGUCCAGCUGUUCCUUCUAAGUAUUCUUGUGCAUCUGAUGGAAAUGGAUUCACUAAAAGUCUGCAGUCUUCCUAAUCUGUGGAAAAUCUCAGCAUCUCAAUGACUUGCUCAAGAAUAAAGCAUUUAGCAGCCGUUUCUGAAUUUUUGCCACGACCUCCUUUCCUACCUGCAAUAAGCCUCCACCCACUUUGAAGCAAAAUAUGCAGCAACUGGCUCACUUUUUUUUUCUUCUCCAUUCCAGCCAGUCACGCUUUAAAAUGACACCUCAUUGGAGAACCACAGAGUAGCAUCCCUACAGUGUCUGUGCCUCUGACUCUCACCAGCUCCCUCUACCUUCAGCUUUGUAACGUCCGGUGUUGUGUUGAGGCCGUUGUGUUGUAUUUGCAUGGCACAGAGUUAAAAACGUGGGUCAGUGAUGAAGUCUUCCACUCACAUCGUAAGGUGGUGUUGACAUCCGUUUACUUUUUUGUUGUUGUUUGUGGGAUUAAACUCCAGUGUGUCCCUAACAAAAUGUGUCAUCUGCAUGUACGUCCCUGCCAGACCCACAUCAGCGUAUUUGUGCCAUGACCGGGGUUUUCGUCACUUCUUCUCCGUAGCGUAACCAGUUGCCUUAUUGCCUUUUCACUGUUUACAAAACCUCACGUACUGCAACUGCUGCUAGUAGCACAGCAAAUCCAACUGUGUGGAGUCCGUCCUUUUCUGUUGCCAACUCCUCCUUUACUUCACUCCAGCUGUGUGCCCUCAAAACUAUCACCCACAGCUCUUAACGAUGCUCUCCCCUCGUCCGGUAAACCCACUCCGACAUGACGCCGGAGAGGCGGAGAGAGAAAUCCAUGUGUAGCGUUUGAGUGUGGAUUCUAAUUAGUUAAUGCACAUCUGUUUCCUGGCUGUUAACUGUACAUCCCUCCUACAAGAGCUAAUAAAAAAAAACUUGUGAAAAACCA